UGAAGUGAAUAGGUGGGAGAGAAGCAGUUGUGAACAUGGAUAUAAGUGGAUGAGUUUUGCGCCUAAGAUCACUACAGCUUGCUAAUAAGGAAAAGGAAGAGGGACUUUCAAAUUUUAACUGACUCAGCCUGGAUCAAAGAUCAGUAGAGCUACACAUGAAGUAUUAUUCCUGAUUAUUAGCCUGCUGGUUCAGAGUUUUAUUUCUGUUGUCACAACAAGUUUUUCCAGUGAUAUUCUUCUACACCAUCUACAAAAAAGGGGAAAAUUCUAAACCUAUCAAAGAGAGCAGCACCACCUGCAUUUGGUGUUUUGGAUAGUGUAUUAACAGUCACAGAAAAUGGAGAAGCAUGUCAUCUUUGCUUUAGUAGUCCUGGUCCUGGCCAUUGUGGUUCCCAGUAUGAUCUUAGCAGCACCGACUUUCCUAGACACUAUCUUGGAUCCCGACAGAGAUGAUGGCGUUGAUCAGGCCUUUGAUCCACCAGCACUACAGCCCCUUCACGACACGGACGUCAGCCCAUUCAACAGCAACGACCAAGGAUACGGACUGAGUCAGCAUCUCCGUGACAGGAGGACAUCUAGGUUGAGCAACAAGCAAUGCAUGAAUACCUGCUGGUUCUGUAUAAGUACGUUCAGGAAAGACAUUAUCCAGCUUGGGGAAUGCCUCGCUGGCUGUACGAACAAAAGGCUUACAAACCCCCUCGAGACACAGGCAUGGAGCAAGUGUGCGAAAUACUCUCAUUUCUAAUAAAUGAAAAGACUCUAUUGGUGAAACAACCCAGACCUAUAGCAGCCGCUUAAAUAUGUGCCAUCAAAAUUGUUAUAUUUACUUUGCUAGGGACCCACAACAAUUUCAAAUAGCAUUGUUGCGAGCAGGUAACACAAGUGAUUGAAAUAUAAGAAAUUCUAAACCCCUGAUUAUCUUUUACCAUAAAUCAUUGCUUUCAUCAGAAAGUUCCUAGAAGAAAACUAUUUCUGUGACAAUAGCAUCUCUAUACAGAUAAUCAAUUAUGUGAAUUAUGAAAACCACUCCAAAAACUUGUGCUGUAAUGUGUGCUAAUAUCUUUGGGCUGGAUCCACAGGAGACUGUUUAAAGAGUAGUUAAAUUUGAAGAAAAAUGAUAUUCAUAUGCUCUUCUGCUCCUCAUUUUAUUUUCUCAAAGAUCCAUUAACGAUUGAAAAGUCUAUGCGCAAGACAUGACAGAGCUUCACAACAAAUACAUGAUGAAAUUAUUCAUUCCAAAUGAUACGCUUCCCAGUAGAAAUUGUAAAAACUACCAUUUUAUUUAUUCAUAAUUUACAUCUUAAUAUUCUGAAAAAACAAUAUUCCAAAUGAAAUGAAAAUAUUGGCUAUUCAUAAAAUAAGUAUCAUUGUUUUUUUUAAAUUGUAUAUAUGCCUUUUGACAUUCACCCCUAGAGCUGCAUAAACUAGAAACAAGUACCUUGAAUUGACAUAAAAAUAUAUGAUAAUAUAAAUUAUUAUUAUUGAUAUGAUAAUGCUUUUAUUUGUCAAUGAAAUGACAAUAAAAUGAAGUGUUACCUUAGGUAUAAUGAAAAUAGUAUUCAGUUUUGAUAUAUUUCCAUGUUUUCUUUACUGCAAAAAUUUAUGCAUCCCCCAAACCUUCCACCGUUGGGAUUUUCCCUUCCUGUUUCAUGAUAAACGAUAAACCAGAGACAGGGUAUCCCCCCAAAAACAAUCAAGUCAAAUGUUGUAGUAUUGCUACCACCUAACCCAUGUUUCCUUUGCCAUAAGAUGGGUUGAGCAAUUAUCUUAAAUGCUUUACCAAUAUCUGCUUCACAGUGCAGUAUAGCUGUAUAGAAAUGAAUGAAGAUAUAUCUAUUUAUUAUUGUAUAUAGUGUAAAGAUGUGAACUCUUAGUUUGUAUUUUUAUUUGUCCUUUGAAGUCAUGGAAGUGUUUUCUGCAAAUUGAAUGGUUCUAAUGUCUGUGUACCCUCCAAAAUAUCCAAACAGACAUAUAUAUGCAUACUGCAAAGUCAGUAAAUCCUCUAACAAUAUAUUUUUUCAAUCUUAUGGGGAGUCCCUUGCCUAUAUUACUGUACACAUGCUUAAAUCCCUCCUAAAAGAAGUAUUGACCCUUUUGAAAUAUUGGUAUUUUUGUGUGCUUUUUAAAGUACAAUUUGUAAACCUUGUGGUUUAUUAUUAACCCUUUGAAUAUACACCUCUUCUGAAAUGGGCACUUCCAUAUCUUGCAAAUUCUAGAUUAAGUAAAGGAAAAUAUUCUCUAAACAUCAGUGGAAAAGAGAGCCCCCUUUUUAUUAAUUCCUUUUCCUUUUUGACAUAAAUACACGGCAUAUGUAUUUUCAUGUGUACAGCAACAUAGAUGAGUUACCCAGGACUUUCAAUGACUUUGUGUAGUACUAGUGGUAGAAUUAUGAAUUCAUACGCCACAUGCAUGUUAUUCAGAAGAUUCUAUGACAAAUUUUGGAUAAAAGCUGUAUUCAAGAUUUUAAAACAAUGAAAUUGCACACA